GCGAUUGUCAGUGUACUACAUUUGGACAUGAUUCGCUCAUAAGUUUAUUUUCGUUUGUACAGCCAAUCAAACAAAAUCAAGAUUGUUUUUCAGUAGAUGCAAGUCAGCACAGGAGUUGGCCACCAGAUGACUGCCGUGAUGGAGCAGUUUGCAGGACAACAGGCAGGGGUUACCUUGGAUACCAGCCAGCAGGCUUACCAGCAGAUGCAGCCAAUUGUGAUGCAGGGAAUGCCUGCUGGUGUCCAGUUUAUCCAGGCGGGCCAGUUUCCCACCAUCCAGGCUGGGCAACAGAUGCUGCAGUUGGCCGGACAGAACCAGCAGAUCAUACAGACAGCUUCUGGACAGCAGAUUCUUGUUCAGAUGCCCCAGGGUCAGCCCCAGGCCAUGACACUCCCUAACGGUCAACAGUUGCAGUGUAUUACGACCCCAACCUCGGGCCCCAGUUUUACCUUCGCUCAACCCCAGCAGAUAUUUAUCCAGCAACCGAAUGGCCAAUUGCUCGCCCAGACCCAGAUGUUUGCCCCACAGAACUUGCAGCAACUUAUGGGCCAGCUUAUACAGACAGCAGACGGACAGACGCUCCUCUGUCAGCAGCCGCAAAUGCCGCAACUCUCUCAGGUAACAACAGAUGGUUUACAACAAGUACAACAACAGGUGCAGCAGCAUCAGCAACAACAACAACAACAGGUUGUGGUCAGUCAACAACAGCAACAAUCGGCAGCACCGACUCCAGGCUUAGCACAAGUAAAUGGAACAGCAGGAAUGGGUUCUGAACAGAAUGCAGCCAAUCAGCAGGCGACUCAGCUGGUGCAGUUACCAGGGGGACAAGUCAUGCAAGUGGUAGGUGGCAACAUGUCGGCUCUUAACCUGGCAAACAUGCAGCGUGUACAAGCAGGGAACCAAACUGAAUCCGGGGAAGAGGAACCGCUCUACGUGAAUGCCAAACAGUACCACCGCAUUCUAAAACGGAGACAAGCCCGGGCUAAACUUGAGCAGGAGGGGAAGAUUCCUCGCAUUAGAAAGAAAUAUCUCCAUGAGUCUCGUCACCUGCAUGCUAUGAAUCGUGUCCGUGGGGAGGGCGGUCGAUUCCACUCAAUAAAACAUGAACCAGGAGACGGAAUGGAUGGACUGGCAGUUAAACAAGAGUCAGAGGAGGACUGUGAAGUAUCAAGGCUGAUGUCACGUCCCGAGCCAAGGAGAGAAGAAAGGAGAAUCAACCUUCCCAUCACCACUGUGUUAAACCCCAGCUACAACCAGCCCAUAUAUACAAACAUUGACCUUCGCAAUACAAACACAAGCAAUGGUUGAUAACGUGUGUUGAACAACAUUAAGCAUAACUUCAAAAGUACUUGUGCAGCUUCUGAGAUGUGUUCACUUCAUGAGAAAGUUAUAGGGCCAUUUCUUAUUACAGCCUUCGAAGGAAAUUUACAUUACAGCGAAUGUAUUGGCAAUAAGAGUGAUUAUGUGAACAAAUCGUUCUUAAAGGUGGCCUGCUUGGAAAGUAGUGUGGCAUUAAAAUGACCGCAGUCUGUGAUCUCGCUGUCAGAAUAAGAGGCAUGGUGAGAGACUCUGGUCUCGGAGUCUCAGAAAUUCAGACUCCUAGAUUCCAUACCUUGUGAGAUUGUCAUACACCUAAUAAGGGAUUCUAUUUUGCAUUUAUUUCUUCUCAAGUCAGUUUCAGAUAACAUAAUUCCAAAUUAUAUCUUUUUUAAGUAUUAUAUUAAGCAAAUUUUGUUUUAUGUCUUUUCUGUACAACUUUAUUUCUAAGUCACUUUAGACUGCUUGGAUAAGAUUCGAAAUACUUAAAUGUGUAAGUGGGAAUUCUGAUGGACUUCUCUAGCAAGAACAGUUAGUGAUGGUGCAGUUAUCGAAUCUGAUCAAAUAAUUUAGGGCUGCCAACGUCGGUAAUCAUGGCUUAUGAUCAAAAAUCAACUUUCAUCAAACUUAUGUUAUUUUACUUAAAAUCCAUGAAACACAUUUUACAUUUGUAAAUAUCAUUUCCUAUUUAUUAGAACUAAUACUUUGUAAAAAAAAUAAUUUAAACUUUAUUACAUUCUUUUUUUUAUCAUAAGUCUAUCGCUGAGCCAUUUAUGAAAUAUUCCAUAUAUAAAUCUUGAAUAUGACCUAGAAGUUUUGGAUGUAAACAUAACUUUUUGUUCAUUCCAAUAUUUUGGUUUUGUCCGAUUCAAUUAUCGAAUAUGGUUACCUGUUUCGAUUUGAUUAUCGAUUAUGACAUUUGCCGUAUUAUCCAACAUAAGUGUCUAACACUGGAAGUGGCAUUUAUGGUCUGGGUUAAAUAAAGGUCUUAGGGUUGAGUCUGGACUCGGCAACUUUUAAAAAUGUGAAGAUUCUUUUUAUAUUUCGUUAUUUUUACAUUAUCUUUGGACAUAAUUAUGAAAUGUUUGAGUGAUAACAUACUGUUCACCAUUGUUACUCCACAUGGACGAAGAGUUACAUAGCUUGGCAGUUCUGAAUCUCGAGUCCAACCUCCGACUUGAGGCUGAUUGUAAUCAUGGCUCCAGUGAAAUCCUAGCUUUUCCUAUAGUGUCUGUUUGAAAUAAAUCUUAGUCGUAUAAGACCAUUUUUCUCAUAUUUAUUGAUAGUAAUUUGCAAGGUUUGACACAACUUUAAUAGACAGAAAUUCUAAGGGAACAUAAACAGUUGAAUUCAAGUGUCUCUUCCUGCUGUCAGAUGUUCCUUUUCGCUUUCACCAAUCUGGCUUGGUUUUCUUCUACCUUCAAGUAUUAGAAGUGUUGACGUUUUUCACAAUCUUUGCUUGUUUACAAAGAAUUUCACAUACAGUUUGGUGUUAAGGACAUAAGGUUCUUCAAUAUAAUUGUAAAAUUCUGAGUACAAAUCCUGUGUUUGAAAUGCUGUGUGUACGAAAACUGUGUUUUGAAACGCGCUGAGUAUGCAAGGGUUUAAUUUUGCAAACAUUGAUAACUUCACUCUUGUCCGGGUUGAUUAAGAUAUAAAUAUUCUCGGAUAUACAGGUAAAUUAACAUCCAAAAUUCAAAAACUUGAUUACAAACGAACAGAUUGUUUCAUUGAAAUCAAGUUGGUGGGUGAAAGAUAAAGUUAGCCAAUCGGUGUAUAUGUUUCCUGUGCUAAAUAGAUCACUUACAAAUAUUUUUUUUUUGAUUAUUAAAUUAAUUAUGCUUUUUACAUAUAACUUAGGGCUUCUAUCUUACUUUUCGCAAGAAAAAUUAGGGUGUACCGGGUACUGACAGGAUAUGACUUGACUUGGAGGUUUUACUGUCCUGGAGGUUGCCAGGACAUCGUUAAUGUCAUAUGGAUAAUUUAUAUAUCUGCAAAUAGUUCAUCCAUAAAUAGUUGUUGUUUAAUUUAUAGUUAUAAUAUGAAAGCAUUCAAUAUACUUGCUUAUAUUUUAAAGUUAUUUGUAAUAUGUGAUGUACUGUGAAUUCCACAUGUUCAAAUUAUUUUUUCUGUGUACUUUUUGUGAAAAGUCUUCAUUACGGUAAUAUUAUAUAUUUAAGUAAUUUGAGAUGCUGCUAUGAUAGAUUUUCAAGUAAAUAUAGAUAAAUUUAAUGAUCAUUUAUUUGCCUGAGUAUGCUUGCCCAACUGUCAUGUUUGUGUAACAAGUUAAAGGUAGUGUAACACUGUUUAUUUUGGGUCUUCUUUAUGAUUAAGUCGGCAGGACGGGCUCAGUCUGGCACCAGCUAAUGCUUUUGAAGUAUACAUGCUGAUUUGGUUUGUGUUCAGUGUGAAAUGCCUUUUAAAUGCCUGUGUACUUACCAAUGCACAUGUGGUAAAUUCUAAAUAACUAAAUAAAACAAAUAAAUGACAAAAUGAAAAUUUAGCAGUAAUUUUAGUUAUAAAUUCAAAGUUGCUAGUUUUUAUAUGUUUUAUGAAUUUUGGUUGACAGAGGUCUAAAUAAUUAAAUGUGAAUCUGUCCGUUGACAUCAUUGGCUGUGGCUCGAGUGUGAACAGUAAGGAAACUUUUAUCAUUAAGAAUCAAUUUUGAUUUACUGGUAAUAUUGUUAGUUAAUGGUUUGUUAAUCAAUGGUUUGUUAAUCAAUGUGGAAAUCUUUUCUUAAGAAGUUCUAUUUUAUUUACAUAGAUUUCAUGAUAAUUCAUAAGUUGUACUAUUUUACUAAAUCUCUAAUUAAAUUUGGAAGUAUUAUAUAAAAAAAAAAUCUUAUUAUAUUUGGAACUAUUAUAUAUAAAAAUUCUAAUUGUAUUUGGUAUUAUUAUAUAAAAAUUCUAAUUAUAUUUGGUUCCAUUAAAUAGAUACUCCAUAUAUUUGGUUCAAUUAUAUAAAAAACUUAUUUGGCACUAUUUUGUAAAUAACUCAAUUUAUAUGUGUCAUAUUAUGUAUAAAAGCCAAUAUAUAUCUGUUAUUGAUAUUUUUAACCUACGGUAUAAUAUCAUUUUAUGAAUACAUUUUAUAAAUACAACAUUUUUACACUAUUUGUCAUAAUCCUCAUGUUAUUAUACAUCAUAUCAGAGACUUAAAUUUUUAUUCUCAUUUCAUGCUUAUUUAUUUAAUAGUUUCCCCAUAUUAUGUGUACUAUCAGCCAUUUCCAUUCUGAUUUCUAUGGCAUUUUUAUGUGUAAUUUUGUUCAAAUUCAUUGUCAAUGAAAUAUGUUGGUGUUUUUCACAUCUUUUAUACUGUUAAAGAGUCAAGUUUAACUUAUAAAUCUUUUUGCAAUAAAUUAAUACAAACAAGAAUGAA